ACUAAGACGUCGUUAGUCCUCAACAAACGUUACUAAUAUCUGCAUAUAAAGACAAUGUAUGCUUUAUAUUGAGGUCUUGUUGUGAAAAGUUGGAGUCUUUAUUACAUUAAAACAAGGCUGAGGACCGAGAAAGUUUCCACCUUUCCUUAUUGCUGUUCAGCGACCGUUCGAGACUCUCGUCGCUUCUUCUCUGGUAGGGUUUUUGAGAAACUCAAGGAGGAGGUAGCAUUCAUGUCUAAAGAGCUCGAGAAGCGCCUUCUGGAAGCUGGCAAAGCUCUUCUUCUUCUACCGUCUUCUGUUGAUACGCUUCUUCACCUUCUCGACAAACUGUUCAUCUGCUUGGUAGAGGUGGAACAGUCACCUCCUAGCUCGAUUCAGGAAGCACUCUCUCCGUUGAAGAAAGCAUUAGUCGAUGAAAGACUCUUCAAGCAUUGGAAUGUCCAUGUGAGAGUCCAUGUCGCUUCCUGCUUCAUCCAGGUUACGAGAAUAAAUGCUCCCACUGCUCCAUAUGUUGACGAACAGAUGAGGGAAGUAUUGAAGCUAAUUGUAUCAUCAUUUGAACAUCUAGAUGACAAAAAUAGUCUCUCCUAUACCAAAAGCACUUCCAUCCUUAACACUGUGGCUAAGUACGAUGUCUCUUAUCUGAUGUUGGAUCCUGUGUAUGAUGCACUCUGUAUUGAGAUGUUCCAGCAUUUUCUCAAGGCCUUAAGGGAUGAUCAUCCAGUGGAAGUAUUUUCGGAUAUGGAGAACAUUAUGACCCAUGUUUUAAAAGAAAGCGAUGAUUUGCCUCCAAAGUUGCUUGCACCAAUUCUGCAUUAUGUCAACGAGACUGAUGAGGUUCCCUCAAUAUCACGGAGAUUGGCAGAAAAAGUUCUGCUAAACUGUUCUACCAAGUGCCAAACAUAUCUUGCUGAAGCAGUGAAAUCAUCAGGCGUUUCUUUAGAUAAGUAUAGUAAUGUGGUGGCUUUCAUAUGCGAAGGUGCAUCCAGUGAUAUACCAAAGAAGAAAGAUGAUGAUGAGCCUCAACAACUUGACAGCAAUGCUAUCAACAGUGGUCUGGAUGAGGAAACUGGUCGUGCUGUGAACCAGAAGAAAAAGGAAAGCUCGAUGGAGGCCAAACCAUCUGCUGCUACUGCUAGUGCUUCUCAAGAAAUAGGUACGGCCCAAGCUAAAUUGACAAAGGAGUCUGGAAAGAAGAUAGCUUCUGCUAGUAAUGCCAAGCCUACUGUUCCUCCUACAAAGAGAAGCACCUCUGAGAUAAAAGCAACGAAGCAGUCAGAGAGACCCAUUUCUUUGGGUGAUAACAAAAAGACAAUCGUUUCCUCUGGAAAGUCAGUCUCAAAGUCAAAGACAGAAGUGAUGCAACAACCAUCAGAGAAAACUCUUGCUAAUACAAACGCAAAGAGAAAACACAGUCUAGACACAGAGAAAGCAUUUGAUGACCGAAAGUAUGAUAAAACUUUAGUUGGAUCAAGAAUCAGAGUCUGGUGGCCACUUGAUAAGAUGUAUUAUAGAGGUGAAGUUACUUCAUAUGAUCCUUCCAGAAAGAGACAUAUGGUUGUCUAUGAGGAUGGAGAUCAAGAAACUUUAGACUUAAAAAAUCAUAACUGGUAUCUUGUUGAGGCAUCAAAAUCGUCAAAGCACAAGGAUAAACAGAAGGCCGCAGAAGUUUCCAACCGUGAGCAAACAGGUGCACCUAAGAGGAGGCCGAACCUCUCACUUCCUCAUGAAGAGGAUCCUGCAGAAGCUGAGACUCAGGCACGCAAGCGAGCUCGAGUCCAAAGCCACAGCCUCCAUACAUCUCAUGGUGAGAUGGAGAAGCCCACUGCAGAAGGAGAACCCUUUUGCCACCAUCGCAAACCUGGUUCUGAGCUUGGACACUCUCAAACUUGCUCUAUCACACAUCAGUUGGGUAAGGUCAAACAGAGCAUCACAGACACGAUAACCAGUGUAAGAAAGUUUGGCUCUGAGGUCGAAACAAAGGAACAGACUAUUGUUGACAUGUUAACCAGUGUGAGACAGUUUUGCUCUCAGCUGGAAACAAAGGAACAGAGCAUUGUUGACAUGUUAACCAGUGUAAAACAGUUUCGCUCUGAGCUCGAGACAAAGGAACAGAGAAUUGUAGACACUUUAAACAGUGUACAACAGUUCAGAUCUGAGAUCAAGAAAAAGGAAGAUAACCUAGUAGCUUCGCUGCAUGAAGUUGACGUGUUAGGGGAGAAGAUAUCUGGAAUCAACAAAAUCCUCAACUCAUAAUCAAGUUUAGGGUCAAGAAAUGGGAUCAGAGACUUUUGCAAACCCAUUUUGUUCAACGAUGGAGUUUAAGUAGUUGACCAAAGAAAAAAAUCUUUUGUGUAGCAUUCUCUCUAGAGACAUUUUAAUUUUGGAAUUCUCGUCUAAAAUAUGCAAACUAAACAGUGACAUUAUGGUUCAGCGUAUGCUCUAGUUCGGGGUUGAACUUUGUGUUGUAUAUCCUUUCUUCUCAGCACCGUCUUGGUUCUCUGCUAUGACUUAUUCUCAACUUAUCCACUUUUUAAAUGUUUGCAAAUUUUCUUUUUCUUUUAUAUCGAUUUUAAACGUUUAUAAUUGUUAAAAUUCUUCUACUGCUACA